GGGCGGCCGAGAUGGGGAUUAAAUUCCUAGAAGUAAUCAAGCCCUUCUGUGUUAUCUUGCCUGAGAUCCAGAAGCCAGAAAGGAAGAUCCAGUUCAAAGAAAAGGUAUUAUGGACGGCUAUCACCCUUUUCAUCUUCUUGGUUUGCUGCCAGAUCCCCCUUUUUGGUAUCAUGUCAUCAGACUCGGCAGAUCCUUUCUACUGGAUGAGAGUAAUUCUGGCUUCAAACAGAGGCACACUAAUGGAACUGGGCAUUUCUCCCAUUGUCACUUCCGGUCUCAUCAUGCAAUUGCUGGCUGGUGCCAAAAUAAUUGAAGUUGGGGAUACACCAAAAGACAGAGCUCUCUUCAAUGGUGCACAAAAAUUGUUUGGCAUGAUUAUUACCAUUGGGCAGUCUAUUGUUUACGUAAUGACUGGAAUGUAUGGAGACCCAUCAGAGAUGGGAGCAGGUAUCUGCCUUCUUAUCACCAUUCAGCUUUUUGUUGCUGGCUUGAUAGUUCUUCUUCUUGAUGAACUUCUACAAAAGGGGUAUGGCCUCGGCUCUGGCAUUUCCCUCUUCAUCGCCACUAACAUCUGUGAGACAAUUGUAUGGAAGGCAUUCAGCCCAACCACAGUGAAUACUGGUCGAGGCAUGGAGUUUGAAGGAGCCAUCAUUGCCCUUUUUCAUUUGCUGGCUACUCGUACAGAUAAAGUCAGAGCUCUGCGAGAAGCCUUCUACCGACAAAACCUUCCCAACCUUAUGAACCUCAUUGCCACCAUAUUUGUCUUUGCUGUUGUAAUUUACUUCCAGGGAUUCAGAGUGGACCUCCCUAUAAAAUCUGCCCGUUAUCGUGGCCAGUACAAUACUUAUCCUAUCAAACUGUUCUACACCUCCAAUAUUCCCAUCAUUCUUCAGUCUGCGCUGGUGUCCAACCUGUACGUGAUCUCCCAGAUGCUUUCUGCCCGUUUCAGUGGCAACUUACUGGUUAGCCUGCUGGGCACUUGGUCUGACACAUCAUCUGGAGGCCCUGCUCGUUCUUACCCUGUUGGGGGACUUUGCUAUUACUUGUCACCUCCAGAGUCUUUUACUUCGGUGUUGGAAGACCCUGUUCAUGCAGUUGUUUACAUUGUGUUUAUGUUGGGCUCCUGUGCUUUCUUCUCUAAAACCUGGAUUGAGGUCUCUGGCUCAUCUGCCAAGGAUGUUGCUAAACAACUAAAAGAACAGCAGAUGGUGAUGAGGGGACAUAGAGAAACCUCCAUGGUUCAUGAACUUAACAGGUACAUCCCUACAGCAGCUGCAUUCGGUGGCCUCUGCAUCGGUGCCCUCUCUGUGCUGGCAGACUUCCUUGGGGCAAUUGGAUCAGGCACUGGAAUCUUACUGGCGGUCACCAUCAUUUACCAGUAUUUUGAAAUCUUUGUAAAGGAGCAGAGCGAAGUUGGCAGCAUGGGAGCGCUUCUUUUCUAAAUACAUUGUCCCGUGGACCCAAGGGGAGGAUGAAGUGUGUUCUUGCAUUUAAAAAAAAAAAAAUCAGGUGGAACAAAUUAAAGCAUCACAUUAACACGGGCACAUCACAUCAAUAGGAACACAUUUUAAUGUUUUCCAAAGCACAUUCCUUUGGUUCAGACUUUGUUUAUACUGUUGACCUUUUCUAAAUUGUUGGAAAACAAGCAAAAAAAUCCUUUUUAGAAAACAA